CAUUUUCAUCCCCACCAAUACAAUAGAAUCACUCUCCCCCUACCCUCCUUCUCCCUCUCUAUUCAUUUCUCUCUCACCAAUCUCUCAAUCGGAUUCACUAUCUCUUCAUUUCACACCGAAAUAAUACUACGCCUAUUCGUUUAUUGUCUCUAUUCACUGUGUUCAAUAAUUAAUUCCGACAAGUAUGGAUGAGGCCAAAUCGAAGAGACCUAACGGUUUCAGCAGCGGCGCCUACGACACAGUAUGGGAGUGCGUCAUCCCCUACGUGCACGACCCCCGCGACCGCGACGCAGUGUCGCUGGUGUGCAAGCGAUGGUACGACAUCGACGCCAUCACGCGCAGGCACGUCACCAUGGCUCUCUGCUACACCGCCACGCCGCAGCGCCUCUCGCGCCGAUUCCCGCAUCUCGAGUCGCUCAAGCUCAAGGGCAAGCCGCGCGCGGCUAUGUUCAACCUCAUUCCCGAGGACUGGGGCGGAUUCGUCACCCCCUGGGUUCGCGAAAUCAUCACCUCCUUCGGCAGGAUGAAGGUGCUCCACUUCCGCCGGAUGAUUGUCAAGGAUUCAGAUCUCGACCUUCUAGCUACCUCUCACGGGAAGGUUCUGGAUGUUUUGCGCCUCGAUAAGUGCUCCGGUUUCUCUACCGACGGACUUCUGCGUAUAGCCAGAUUCUGCAGGAAUUUGAGAAACUUGCUUUUGGAAGAGAGCUCAAUAAUUGAGAAUGAUGGAGAAUGGCUGAAUGAGCUUGCAAUGAACAAUACAGUUCUUGAAAGUUUGAAUUUCUACAUGACUGAUCUCAUGAAAGUUAGAUCUAGAGACCUUGAACUGAUAGCAAGAAGAUGCCCGAAGUUGGCCUCAAUGAAAAUUAGUGAUUGCGAUGUCUCAGACCUUAUAGGUUUUUUCCGAGCAGCAGCUUCAUUGGAGGAAUUCUGCGGGGGAUCUUUUAGUGAGCCCCCUGGACAGGUUGGUGAAGGUGUUUUUAAUGAGCAACUGGAGAGGUAUGCCAAUGUUGUAUUCCCUCGUCGGUUGUGCCGCUUGGGUCUUACUUACCUGGGGAAAGCAGAAUUGCCAAUUGUAUAUCCUGUUGCUUCCAGACUUAAAAAAUUGGAUCUCCUUUAUGCUCUGCUGGAUACUGAAGGCCAUUAUCAGUUACUGCAGAGAUGCCCUAACCUGGAAAUUCUUGAGACAAGAAACGUCAUCGGAGAUAGAGGACUGGAAAUUCUGGGUGAGUUCUGCAAGAAAAUGAAAAGACUGAGGAUAGAGCGUGGAGCUGAUGAACAAGACAUGGAAGAUGUCGAAGGUGUGGUCUCCCAGAGAGGACUCAUGGCUCUGGCACAAGGAUGUCUCGAGUUGGAGUACUUGGCUGUGUAUGUGUCGGAUAUAACGAAUGCAUCACUGGAGUGCAUGGGAACAUACUCGAAAAACCUAUGUGACUUUCGGUUGGUUUUAUUGGACAGAGAGGAACGAAUUACAGAUCUUCCUCUCGACAAUGGAGUUCGGUCACUAUUAAUGGGGUGCCACAAACUGAGGAGGUUUGCAUUGUAUUUACGGCCUGGUGGGCUGAGCGACGUGGGUCUGAGCUACAUAGGGCAGUACAGCCGCAACGUGAGAUGGAUGCUUCUGGGGUACGUAGGACAGUCGGAUGAAGGUCUGUUGGAGUUCUCAAAGGGGUGCCCGAGCCUGCAGAAGCUGGAGAUGAGAGGCUGUUGCUUCAGCGAGCGUGCACUGGCCAUGGCAGCCCUGCAGCUGGCGUCUCUAAGGUACUUGUGGGUGCAGGGCUAUCGAGCGUCUGCAAAUGGCCGAGACCUGGUGGCAAUGGUGAGGCCGAACUGGAACAUAGAGCUGAUACCAUCGAGACAGGUCGUAGUGCAGGAGACGGAAGGAGGACCGGUAGUGGCAGAUCAUCCGGCGCACAUACUCGCAUAUUGGUCCCUCGCCGGGCCGCGAACAGAUUUCCCCUCAACUGUGAGGCCCCUACCACCUUGAAUCAUACUACUUGCUUGCAUAUACACUUUUGUUUUUUUGUUCAUAAAUCACGCCCACGCCCACGCCCACGCCCACGCCCACUGUUGUGUGAACUUAAUUUAACUAAUAAAUUUUGCCUUGUAGAAGCAACUUCAAUAAUCUGAUUUUCUGUAGCGCAAAAACAGGAUGUUGUAGUAGCUUGUAAAUAUACUUAAUUGUUUGAUUUCUUCUACAUUUUGAUUA